AGGGGAGUUUCGAUGGGAGGCCAUAGGCGAGGAUGUGGCCUUCAUCCAGGGAGGGGAGCUGGUCGAGGGCAGGGGCUACGAGGGCCGGACCCAGCUGGCCUCCGACGACCGGCUCCAGGAAGGCGACUGGUCGCUGGUGCUGGACCGAGCGAUGUUGCGAGACGCCAACACGUACGAGUGCAUCUGGAGAGGAAGACGCACCAUAUCCACCGUUUGGCUCCAAGUGAACGACCCGCAGCCCGAGCGCAUCCAGGCGGCGUGGCUGGGCGACUCGGUGCUGCUGCCGUGCUACAUCCACAUCUCUAAAGGUCAGGCCUACGAGGACCUGCACGUCUGGUGGACCAAAGACGGCAACACGAUCGCUUCACUUGACCAGGGCCAUGUGCAGAUCGCUGCCGAUCAUCCAUCACGCUUCACCGUCUGGACUCCGGACACCAUGGAGGAUUUUGGUCUGAUCAUCAGUCCGGUGCUGAUCCACGACCACGCAGAGUACCGCUGUCUGUACACCACCAGGCCUUCUGAUGAUCCCAAGCCUGGAAUUCCAGAGAGCGUCACGUUAACUGUGCUGGGAACAGGACCCACUCAUACUGGCUUCUACCUCAACGAGACAGACACCGUCCUCUACCAUAACGAGACAGACACCGUCCUCUACCCAAACGAGACAGAAACCGUCCUCUACCAUAACGAGACAGAAACCGUCCUCUACCAUAACGAGACAGAAACCGUCCUCUACCAUAACGAGACAGAAACCGUCCUCUACCAUAACGAGACAGAGACCGUAACAGAGACCUGGACGAAUGCGUCGACCCGGCUGGACGCCUCAGUUUGGACAGAAAGGGCGACGACCGAAACUGAGGCUGAAACCACGGCGUCGCCUCCUGAUCCGACUCCACUGCUGCUGGGAGACGCCACCCAGCCACAGCCAGCAGCCUCCUCCUCGUCACAGCCGAUGGAAGCCAUGGAGGAAACGGUGACGUCGUUCCCUGACGAAGGGACGCAGGAGGAUCAGCUUGACUCGGCCCAGUCGGAGACUCUGCCGUGGGUUCGGAUCGGACUCAUCGCCGGGGUCCUGGUGGUCACGGCUGUGCUGCUGUGCAUUCUGGGAGCUCUGCGGAAGAUCUGACUCGGCCACAGCCUGCAAGUCGGUGCUGGUCCCAGCUUCCUCUGUUCAGCUGGCAAACCAAAACAGACUCUCUUUGUAAUAUCAAAGGAUUUGAGCAGCUUUCGAUCCUGGUGCCGAAGGAGGAGAUUCCUCCGAGGAAGGGAGGACUCGGUGCUGUUUGGGUCUCGCCACAAACAUUCUCAGGUUAAAUCAAGACGCAGACUUACACAUUUUGAAGUCAAUGUGGGAAAGAUGACAGAUCACCUCAGCUCUCAGCGUGGGACCUUUGGGACUGGAGGACGAGCUUUGCUUCCUCCAACUUCUACAGUUCUUACAUCACCAAGUGGAUUUAUCUGAAACGAUCACUUCAAAUGAAACCAAUAAAAUGAAUGAUUUUCACAGCUCUUAAAAUAACAUGGCAGGAUGAGCAGCUGCUGGCUGGAUGUUUUAUUUGCGGUUGAUGCUGCAGUGUUUGGUUUGCUCUAUAGUGCAUGUGUGUGAAGCGUGGA